AACCGAAUUCCACCAGCGCACAGGGAUCACUGGCUAGUAGCACACCAUCAUGACCGAUUAUUCCUACUUCGAUAUCAAAAUAAAACUACGAGAUCCAGAUGCAGUUGUAUUAACACCGUCUCUCUUUCGAAACUGCAUUAUCGAUAGUCUGGAUAGUUUUUUUUGCGAGGAAAAGUUUACCCUUGAAAUUGUCAAGUUUUGUGCACAGCAACAGCGGGUAAUCUUCCGGGUGCCCCAGGAACUGCACGAUAUGACCUGUGGUUGCUUGGAACUAAUAGGACAUUACCAGGAAAUUCCUUGUCACUUUCAGGUGUUGGAAACCUCUAAAACGGCAUUGGAUUUUGAAAAGCUACGCGGGAAUGAAAAAAAUAAUGAGAACUAA